ACGCUCUUUAUCAGCGCGUAAUAAUCACCGCAGUCAACACCAAACAACUCAAAAACCAAACUCUUGUCAGUCAUUGUCAUCUUCCUCAAGAGCACCUCACUCUCAGGUGCUCCUUCAAGAAAUUUCAAUGGGAAGUUCUGAUGGUCAUAGUUCUGAUGGGGACUCGGAUGGGAGUGACUCUGAAAUGAAGGAGUAUGAGGCUAAAUCUUAUGAGGAACUGAAGAGUGGAAGCCACCAUGUGAAGAAUUCAGAUGAAACUUUUACUUGUCCCUACUGCCCCAAGAAGAGAAAGAGGGAUUACCUAUACAGGGAUCUUCUCCAGCAUGCUUCUGGGGUGGGUAAAAGUUCGUCGAAGAAAAGAUCUAUUAAGGUAAAGGGGAAUCACUUGGCACUUGUUAAGUACUUAGAGAAGGAUAUGUCGGCCAAUGCAGGUAGCCCGUCAAAGCCAAAAGCUGAGAGUGACCCUCUUGAUAAUUGCAAUCGCGAUGAGAUGAUAGUGUGGCCGUGGACAGGCAUUGUGGUUAACUAUCCAACUACACAAACACCAGAUGGAAGAUUUGUAGGAUCAAGUGGAUCGAGGUUUAGGGAUGAGUUGAUCACUCGGGGAUUUAACCCCACAAGGGUUCAUACCCUAUGGAAUUAUCGAGGCCAUUCAGGAAUGGCUGUCGUGGAAUUCAAUAAAGAUUGGCCUGGUUUGCACAAUGCCCUUUCCUUUGAGAAAGCCUAUGAGGUGGACCAUCAUGGGAAAAGGGAGUAUUUUACAAAAGGUCCAAAAUCUGGAGUUUAUUGUUGGGUGGCACGAGCUGAUGAUUACAAGGCAGAUAAUAUUGUCGGGGAGCACUUGAGAAAGACUGGGGAUCUUAAAACAAUUUCUGAAAUUAUGGAGGAAGAAGAAAGAAAGCAGGACAGACUUGUGUCCAAUCUAAACAGCAUUAUUGAGACCAAGAAUAAGCACGUAGAGGAGAUGCGAGAAAAGUGCAGUGAGACUUCAGUCACCCUCAACAACAUAAUGGCAGAGAAAGACAAGCUUAUUCAAGCAUAUAAUGAAGAGCUUAGAAAGAUACAUAUGAGUUCUAAAGAGCACUUCCAAAGAAUUCUUAAUGACCACGAAAAGAUUAAGUUACAAGUAGAGUCUCAGAAAAGAGAGAUGGAAAUAAGUCUAUCAGAGUUAGAAAAACGUGAGGCCAAAAAUGAAAUUGAUAUGCAGGAACUCUCUGAAGAGAAAAAAAAGAAUGCAAGCAGAAAUGCGGAACUCGAGUUGGCUUCUUUGGAGGAACAGAAGGCCGAGGAGAAUGUCUUAAAAUUGGCCGAUGAUCAGAAGAGGCAAAAAGAGGAGCUGCACAACAGAAUCAUUAAGUUGGAAGCACAGCUGGAUGCCAAACAAGCUCUGGAAUUGGAAAUUGAGAAACUAAGAGGUAAAUUGAGUGUGAUGAAGCACCUGGGAGAUGAUGAUGAUGCUGAAGUUCUGCAAAAGAUGGAGGGAAUAAUUAAAAAUUUGAGAGAAAAAGAAGGAGAACUUGACGACUUAGAAACGCUGAACCAGGCUCUUAUUGUAAGCGAGCGGAAGAGCAAUGACGAACUGCAGGAUGCCCGAAAAGAGUUAAUUAAUUCCCUGAAAGAUAUAUCAAAUCGUGGUGAUAUUGGUGUAAAGCGAAUGGGAGAACUUGACAGUAAACCAUUCUUUGAAGCAAUGAAGAAAAAGUACACUGAAGAAGAAGCAGAAGUUCGAGCUUCAGAGCUUUGCUCAUUUUGGGUGGAAUAUCUUAAAGAUCCAGAUUGGCAUCCUUUUAAAAUGGUCAUGGUUGAUGGAAAACAUAAGGAAAUUAUUGAUGAGAAAGAUGAAAAAUUGAAUGGCCUGAGAAACGAGAUGAGUGAAGAAGUUUACAAGGCUGUGACUGAUGCUCUGACGGAGAUAAAUGAAUACAACCCCAGUGGGAGGUAUAUCAUCUCAGAGUUGUGGAGCUAUAAAGAUGGGAAGAGAGCCACCUUGGCAGAGGGAGUCUCAUUUUUAUUGCAAGAAUGGGAAACCGCCAAACGCAGGAGGCAAUUCUGAAGGGAAAUGUUUCUCUACGCAAGAGAUAAAGCGAUGAAAUAAUAUGCCCCGAUACUGGACGACAUCAACGAUGUAACCCCGCUGUUAUAUUGUGCUGGAUGUUUGAGGGCAUUUAUUAUGUAAUGAACAUCAUAAAAUGUCCGUGUGACAUGUAUGUAAAAAUAAUAUGAUUAGAUGUGGCUAUAAAGCUGCUCGGCUUCUCGAUUUUUCGACGCCGAAUAUGCGUUUUCAAGUGUA